AUGGUCGUUGGGAAGAAGUUGGCCAAAGAGUCCCUGCUGCCGUCUGUGCUGGAGGAUGAUGACGCGGAGACGGAGAGCGAGAAAGCGCAGCUGGGUGGGAUAGGGAGCCGACCACCCAGCAGACCCAGGAAAGCUUUCAGUAGGGGAAGUGUUGACAGACAGACAGUGACCCGGUCAGGGUCCGGCCGCCACUCUAGCCCUGAGGGGGAGGUGUCAGUCAGGGGUGAGAGAAAGGAGGAUGAGGGGGAAGAGGAGGAAGAAGAGGGCAGUGGAGGUGGCGAUGGAGACACACAGGAGAGGGGGAAGGAAUGUGUCAUCACAGCUUCAGAUGAGGACUAUGACACAGACUUGGAGCUGGGAGAUGUGAGGGAGGCGUAUGACCCGACGGGCCAGACUCGAUACAGGGAGGCGUGUAGAAUGUUCAACGUAGUCCCUGUAUCCUAUUUCCUGAAACACAUGGGCAACACUGAGCUGACCAUGAUGCACCAUGGCCUAGGGCCUCAGGGCACCAAAGCACUGGCGGUUUCCUUGGUAACCAACACUUCCCUCCUGAAGCUGAACCUCAGGGAUAAUUGCAUGGAAGGGACUGGCGGGGCUGCCAUGGCCGAGAUGUUAAAGGAGAACUGUUACAUCACAGAAGUGGACUUGGGGGAGAACAGGCUGGGGGAGUGUGGUGCCCAGACCCUGUCCAGUAUGCUGCUGGAGAACACCACACUGGUCUCACUCAGCAUGUCCGGGAACGAGCUGGCUGACCGGGCCGCACAACACCUGGCCCAGACCCUGACCUCCAACACCAAGCUGGAGACCCUAGACCUCAGUCACAACACCAUAGGAGAUGCAGCAGGUCAGGUCCUGGGACAUGCUAUCGCUGAGAACACAGGGCUGAAAUCAUUGAGUCUGGCCUGGAACUGUAUACGCGGGAAAGGAGCGGUGGCUUUGGCUAAAGGCCUUGGGGCCAACAUAUUCCUCAGAACACUGGAUCUGUCUUACAACGGCCUGGGUAAGGAUGGAGCCGUAGCUUUAGGAGAGGCUCUCAAAGACAACAACACUCUAGAGGACCUCAAUAUAAGUAACAAUCGAAUACCCCCUGAAGGUGCGAUCCGCUUCACCAUGGGCCUGAAAGUAAACAAAACAAUAAAAAAACUCAAUAUGGGGAGGAAUCCUAUACAGACUGCCGGGUGUUACGGAGUCCUGAAAGCAAUCCAGGGAAACCCAGAAUCAGCUAUGGAGUGCCUGGACUUUUCUGACAUAACAGUGAAUCAGGACUUUGAGGAUUUGGCUGAGGUGCAGAGCAAGCUCCACUUAGACCAGGACUAUCCCUGUGAGGUGGUGGGGAGCUGGAAUACCUGGUACCAAGCUGGUAAGUAG